UACACAGUAACAAAAAUGAAGAUUUCCAUUAUUUUAGGUUUAAUAGGUUUCGCUUCGAUAGCUUAUGCUGAACAAGAGACUUUAGUACUGGUGGAUAACUUAAAUAUAAGAGAAACUCACUCUCAAUUUUUCAAAUCUUUACAAGAUCGUGGCUACAGCUUAACUUUUAAGUUGGCUGACGAUGGUAACCUAGUGCUAUCCAAGUAUGGAGAAUAUCUGUACAAGAAUCUUAUAGUGUUUUCACCUGCUGUCGUUGAAUUUGGUGGUCAACUUGACACGGAAGUGAUCACGAAGUUUAUUGAUGACGGCGGCAAUGUUCUCAUGGCUGGAAGCUCAGCGGCCGGAGAUGUCUAUAGAGAAAUUGCAACUGAAUGUGGUUUUGAGAUGGAUGAAGAGUCUGCCGCAGUGAUUGACCACUUCAACUAUGAUGCUUUAGAUGAAGGAGAUCACACUAGGAUAGUCGUAUCACCCAAGAACCUUAUCGAUGCCCCAACUAUUGUUGGUAACCAGAACACACAACCUUUGCUUUUUGAAGGCACUGGGUUGAUCUUAGAUAAAGACAACAGUUUAGUUAUGCCUAUUCUGACAGCUGACAGUACUGCAUACAGUUACAAUCCUAAGAGUGUGGUCAAAGAGUACCCUCAUGCAGUGGGUAAGAAAACUGUUCUCAUAGCAGCUCUGCAAGCUAGGAAUAAUGCUAGAAUAGUAUUCAGCGGUUCUCUCUUUUUCUUCUCUGAUGAAGCCUUUAACUCUCCUGUUGCUAAAGUCCAUGGCGAUAAGGUGAAGGCGUCUCUCUCGGGUAACAAGGCUCUAGCUAUUCACUUGAGCGAGUGGGCGUUCGGAGAGCGUGGUCAGCUGCGCGUGCGUCGCGUCCACCACCACCGACAGGGCGAGAAAGAAUCGUCCAGUACCUACACUAUCACUGAUACUGUCGUAUACAGAAUUGAAAUCGAAGAGUUAAAGAAUGGUAAAUGGCAACCAUUUGAAGCCAGUGAUGUGCAGCUAGAGUUCGUCAGGAUCGACCCAUUCAUCCGCACUACUCUCAAAAAUAAGGGCAAUGGUGUCUAUGAGGCUGUAUUCAAAGUUCCUGAUGUCUGGGGAGUUUAUCAGUUCAAAGUUGAUUAUGAUAGGAUAGGAUAUACAAGACUGUAUCAUUCAACACAGGUAUCAGUUCGCCCACUGCAACACACGCAAUAUGAGAGGUUUAUACCAAGCGCGUAUCCAUACUAUGUGAGUGCGUUCUCCAUGAUGAUUGGAGUAUUCCUGUUUUCAUUUGUUUUCCUCUACUACAAAGAGGAGACUCCCAAGAGCAAGAGUGAAUAAACUUAUUAUUAGUUUAUAUUUAAACAUUUUCAAGUUGCUGUAUGUGUGAGUGUUUUAAUGGUUAGAAUGAAAUUGUUAAAAAAAUUUCAAUAAAUUAUGAUUAAUAAAAUGUUCACAAACUA